ACCUCAAGUACUACCGCGAUGGGUCUCAAGGAUGCAGUGGUGGGCGAUAAGCUCCCAGAACAAAUCGUUGUGUCACAUCGUUUCCGGCAGCCAGUAAGGUUGCUGGUCUAGGAGGCGUGUACUCUUGGCAGCAUCCGGCGGGUUUGUGACAGGAGCUUGCGUCCAGCUGUGAUAGUUACUGGCGUCAUCGUAGCUAAUCUGUGGGGACUCCAGGCCUCUUUAAUACCACCGUAUGCGCGCCCGUCCUUUGAGGUUGGUUGAGCUCUGUCUCAACCGCACUCCCUUUCCAUUUCCGGCCAGUGCCUUGGCCUAUUCCCUUACUUCCAACCCUUACGGUCCAAUAUUCCACCAUUUGGGCUUCUGCAAGUCUCACAGUGUACACCAUGCCAUCGCUGGUCACCACGAGUAGUAAUCCGUGCUAUGCACAGAAAGGAUCUGGCGUAACCAAGUUCACCAAUUGCUUGCUGGUUAAAGGAAAUGAUCUCGUUAACGAGGAUCUUUGGGUCAGCUCCAUCACGGGUAAGAUCCUAAAUGGACAAGAGGUAUUCUUCGAGCACAAGACCGCGCCCGAAGAGGUCGUCGACCUGGGUGGCCGCAUACUCUCUCCUGGGUUUAUCGAGACCCAGCUCAACGGCGCAUACGGAUUCGAUUUCUCGGUCAUCCCUGAUGAGGGUGCUGCAGCCUACGGCAAGGGUGUGCUGCGAGUCAACAGAAGACUCAUUGCUGCUGGCGUAACAUCUUACUUGCCGACAAUUACUUCGCAGGAGCCGGAGGUUUAUCACAAGGCGUUACCCUACUUGGGACCGUCAGGGGCGGAUCGCGACCCAGCCUAUGGUUCAGAGUCUUUGGGCGCCCACUGCGAAGGCCCCUUCUUGAACUGCACGAAAAAUGGUAUCCACAGGGCCACACUCCUACGUGAGCCAGCAAAUGGCAUAUCUGACAUAGCUGCUUGUUAUGGUGCUGCUCAUGUUGGACACGAUUCGCCUAUCAAGCUUAUCACUCUCGCUCCUGAGCUCCCAGGAGCCCUCUCUUCCAUCCAAGCUCUUACAGAGAGAGGUAUUAGAGUUUCGAUUGGACACUCGGAAGCUACAUACGAGGAAGCGAAAGCAGGUAUAAAAGCUGGUGCAAGCAUGAUCACCCAUCUGUUCAAUGCCAUGCGCCCUCUCCAUCACCGCAAUCCCGGCAUCUUUGGUCUGCUUGGUACGCCGUCUUCCUCCAUACGCAAACCAUACUUUGGUAUAAUCGCAGACGGCACACACUUGCAUCCCACAUCUAUCAAAAUUGCAUGGAAUGCGCAUCCAGAAGGUUUGAUCUUAGUCACUGAUGCCAUGCGUCUUGCUGGGAUGCCCGAUGGUAUUUACGAAUGGACAAACGGGUCGCGCAUCAUCAAGCAAGGUCCGUUGCUUACACUGGAAGAGAAUGGCAAGAUCGCUGGGAGCAGUAUCCAGCUUAUGGACUGUGUAAACAAUUUCUUGAAUUGGACAGGUGCAAGUGUACCAGAGGCGCUGAAAGCGGUCACGGAGACCCCAGCAAAGAUGUUAGGUUUGGAAGACACUAAAGGUAGUCUCAAAGAGGGAGCUGAUGCAGAUUUGGUCAUUCUUAGCCUGCAAGACAACUCGACAGGAUGUGAGAGGAAGGUCACGGUGGAUCAAGUGUGGAAAUUCGGGGUGAAAGUCUUCGACGGAGCGUCCAAUUGCUGAUUUAGCAUUGAAUGGCUGUGUCCAUAGGACAGUAAGAACGAGCGUUUGUCUGGAGGAGCCGAAAUGAUCGCUUGUGGGUAGUCCAUCUUAAGAUUAAAGUAGCGAGUACGAACUUAGACUCUAGACUUGUAUGCAGUUGUUGGAAUUAAGCAAGCUGUAUAUACUCCACAUACGACUUCAAGAAGUCGGGUAACCUCG